AUGGAGGAGGUUUUGAAUUUGACUCAGGGUCGUGUGACAGUGCCACAGUGUGCCACUAAGUUCGUGGAACUGUCUCGAUUAGCCCCAUUUAUAAUUGCUGAUGAAUUCAGGAAAGUCCACCGUAACAGAGACCAGUUGACAGAGAGGUAUGGGAGGAUAGAGUCAGAGGAAGAGGCCCACGCCUCUUGGAUUUCAAGCAGGUACGAGCCAGGGGCAAUGGAGGAGAUACGAUGUGGACCAUCGGUUGGUGGAGGGACAUCGAGUUCCUCAGGGAAAUCUAGUGUCCCCUACUUGCCCUCGAUGCUACAAAAGACAUUUAGGGGAAUGUCGGACUAUACCGAUGGAACAAUUAAGCACCCCGAGGCAAUCAGUAGAGGAAAACCGCCUCGCGCGCGAGUGUAUGCAUUUACACCGAAAGACGCAGAGGCGGCAGGGGCGACCCAUUCGUUUAUAGCCUGGGAGUUUGUCAAAAUAUUGGAAAUAGAAACUUCGCCAAUGGAUGUCUGUUUGUCAGUGGCUACACUGACAGGAGUCGUAGUGGUGUGUAGGAGAAUACUUAGGGACUGUCCAAUCAAUAUUCAGGGGAGCCUACUGCCUGCUAAUUUAGUAGUUCUUGACAUGUAUGGGUUUGAGGUGAUCUUGGGAAUGGACUGGUUGGCUGCCAACUAUGCUAGUAUAGACUGCUAUAAGAAAGAGUUGGUCUUUAGACCUCCAUAG